UUACCGUUCCUUAUUGGUCGCGAAUUCCCUAGCGCGAGAGCUAGUUAUUUGGACAAGAGGAGAGUUGAUGUUGACAAAGUAGGAGAGAGCAAAAACCUCGCGCGCCUGCCUCGGUCUCCUUAUUCCUAAAUCGGGAGCGCAAAGCAUGUCAACGCCGUACGUCCCUUCACGGCUGCUGCAUGCGCUCUGAGGGAAGAGUUGGAGUUCGUUUUGGCCAGACAAACGCUUCCCUGAUUCCGGAGAUGCAAUGAUGGAUAGCCGGAUCCUCGAGCAUCCUCAUGCCCAGUUUGGAGGCUCUUUGGGAGGCAUGGUUGGAUUGGGUUUCCCCUAUCAUCUCGGUCACCAUCAUGUUUACGAUAUCUCCGGACACCAGCUACAGUCGGCGGCCGCUGUACCUUUUUCUAUAGACGGAUUACUUAACGGAUCAUGCUCGGCGUCUGUUGCAAACUCCAACCCAUUGCUCGGAUCUGGUUGUGGUGUAAACGGGGAUAGUCAGUAUAAACUCAGCGAUGCCGGAGACCCUGACAAGGAAAGCCCUGGCUGUAAACGGAGGCGAACGCGUACAAAUUUUACGGGCUGGCAGCUGGAGGAACUAGAAAAAGCGUUCAACGAAAGCCAUUAUCCGGACGUGUUCAUGCGCGAGGCUCUCGCGCUACGUCUAGACCUUGUUGAGUCACGUGUUCAGGUGUGGUUUCAAAACCGGCGAGCUAAAUGGCGCAAAAAGGAGAACACGAAGAAAGGGCCCGGUCGACCGGCUCACAACUCUCACCCCACGACCUGCAGCGGCGAACCAAUGGACCCAGAGGAGAUCGCACGACGGGACUUGGAGCGCUUGGAAAAGAGGAAGCGAAAACAGGAACGCAAGCUGCUGAAAUCUCAGAACAAGCUCUUAGCAGGUGAGCUCUUCCACACACCCGGAUCUGACAGCGACAGUGGAGUAUCGCAGAGCACCGAUGGCGAAUCCACUCCGCACACCGGGCCUCAGCCUAGCGCGCACCGACAGCAAACAGAACAUAUGUGUGUCCAACAUCCACUCCACCAAAGAGCCGGUACAGUCAACGACACAGCGGAGCCCAUGGACUCCACGCGGAACUCUGCACUGUGCGCCGCGAACGGCAUCACACGCGCCUCCGCGCUCCAGAAACUCAACCCAUUUAGUGUGGAGAGUUUACUAGCCGACUCAAGUCCCAGGAGAAAAACUAUCCUGGAUUUCUCUCAGUUACCGCCGCAGCGACCACUGGUCGGUAAAGGCCAUUUCCUUCUGUAUCCCAUUACCCAGCCGCUGGGUUUCAUUGUGCCACAGACAGCGAUGAAACCGAGUCAGGAUUCAGGAAACUCGGGGCACAACUGUUCCACGACAGACACCUCAAACCAGAAAAAUAUCAGUCACUUGUGCAAAGACACCGGUGCCACAAACGACGAGCUGCAAAGAGAAAGCAAGAACUCUUCCAUGCAAACUUCAAACACAAGCUCAGAGAAAUGUUAUGCAGAAUCUAAUUCGCCACAAAAGGAGUUUGAAAACGACUCAGAGUCCACAGUCACAAACUCUAGCCAGAAAGCAAGCAUCUCUCCUAACCUGUCUGAAUAUUCCGACACGAAAACCCGCAGUUCUGCUGACACAGAUACAGAUGGAGAGGAUGUUGACAUGGACUGAAAUGUAAAUAGGCCAGAAGCCGUGGCGCCAAGUGACUUGUCACAAUCCCAAAGCUGAUAACCAUACGUUUUUGUAUACAAGACUGUUUGAAUUUCAUUUUUUUUAUACUUUUCAAAAACUGAUAUUCUUGAUUCAGGUGAACUGUCGGCUUAAAAUGUCUGUUCCAAUACUCUGCGAACUUGAAGGAAACAAGUUUGCUAUGAGCAGCAGGCAAGAACAACA